AUGACACUGCCCUGUCACUUCUCUCCCCGUCCCCUAGAAUACGUAGAGAGCCCCUUUGUUACUCUAGCUAUCCUCCUGGGCAUCGGUGGCCUUGCCGCGGGCAUUGGCACUGGCACCACCGCCCUCCUACAGGCCCAACAUCUGGCCGCUCUCCAUAUGGCUAUGACAUCUGACUUAGAAGCAUUGGAGAAGUCUGUCAUGGCCUUGGAACGUUCCCUCACUUCUCUUUCAGAAGUGGUUCUGCAGAAUAGGCGAGUUCUCACCUUUGGCCCUUGGGCUUUUCAACGCCUGACCGGAUUUAUCAAAACGAGAAUUGACUCAGCCCUCACUAAGUUCCCUAUGGUCCAAUACCAUCGCAUAGAAAUAACAGACACUGAACGGCCACACAUCUCGCCUGACAGUGACCGUCUUCGUUUCACCAGCAGGGCGAUUCCCUCACUGCUGAAGAUUAUUGUGAAUCGAAGCUCAAGGAGCCCCCAUCCAGCACUACAAAGCCCUGUGAUCCCACCACUACCAAGCCCUGUGACACAAAAACUACAGAAUUCUAAGACCCCAUUACUCCAGAGCCCUGUGACUACAACACUAUUUAGCCCUGAGACCUGCAAUCACCUGGAGCAGAACAUUGCAGGCCACCUCUUGCACCAUCAAGUCUAUAGUCAGUCACCUCAAUCUUAUUCCACUGUGGUUCCAUCACCCUUGGUUUCUUUGCACCCACCCCCUCUUCCUCCUGAAACCAAGGAGAUGGUGCCCAGGCACAACAACCAACUGGGGGAACCCGCAGCUCUGGCCCAGGACCUGGUGGCGCUACUUGGUCGCCGCCGCAUUGCCAGGGACCUUCGGCUACUACUGCUGCAGCGCCUGUGGCAGGGUUGUGCUGGACCAGCCCCAGCCGUGGAGUAUCCUAUAUGUUUGGUGUGCCGCAAACCAAGAGGGCCCUCCUGCCCGACUCCCAUCGGCUGGCCUGGACCCCGGCUUCUCGCCUUCCCACAACUCCUUCCCUCCAAACAAGGGCUGGCAUUGGGGUCUGGGCCACUCCGUGUCGGCAUAGGCUUCGGUCUACACCUACAACGGGAUCAGGCCCAAGCCUUGGAGCUUUUGUCCAUGAAAGAGAUAGAGGAGCUGGAAUAUCUGGUCAAGUCUCAGUACUCCAAGGAAAAAAGAUUCCCGGACCCAGAGCCUCAAUUCCCACCCCCAGAGCCUCAAUUCCCACCUUGCAUCCCCUGCCCAGAGUCUCUACAAAAGGUGGCCCCAGACCUUGGUCCUGCUUUCCCAAAACCCAGUCCUUUACCUCCAGCCCAUCUGCCCACAUGUCUAGAGGACACCAUCCACAUUUCGUCUCUAAGCAAGAACCUGGGCACGUCUGCCUAG